AUGGCUAUACCAGUUCGGCUGCAUCGCAGUGAUGAAGAUGACGAUGACGAUGGUGUUGAAAAUGCCGAUGAUGUUGACGAUGGUAGAGUAGCCGUUGAAUUCGACAGUGGCGAUGAUGGUAACGAUGACAUCAGAGGUGAGAUAUGUGCCGUAUUUGGCACUGAUGAAGAUAAUAUUGGUGAUGUUCUAUCGAAUAUGAUGGCUAUUGCAAUAGGGAAUGUUAUAGUUUAUAGAGCUAGAGAAAUGUUUGUUCGUAUUAAUUAUUUUUAUGGUGUCGUUUAA